AUGGAGGGACCGAUACGGCACACGGAGACUGGGGAUGCUGAUGUGCUGCAGGUGGUGGCCGCGGCCCAAGGCUUGUGCUUCCGGGGCGCAAUGUACGCCGUGGCAGACGCUCUGUUCGGCAUCUUCCCCAAGUUUGUCAAGACCCUGCCUUCUUCUCUGGGACCCGAAGUCGAGCCCAAGUGCCCAACCAGAUCCCCUCAAAGUCCAACCCCAAACGCCACGGCAACCUCCGUCCUGAAAGCUCCAGCGACCGACGACUCAACUCCGCGUCCACGGCACCUUCCCCCACCGCGCAAGCCUCCUCCUCCUCACCGGAACAAACAAAAAAUCUCAAAUCGGCGGGCCGGGAACCCAACCGCCGCCGCGCACGCCCCCCGCCCGCUGCCGGCGGCGAUGGCCCCGCGGCGGGGCCUCUGGGCCCUCCUCCUGCUGCUCGCGCUGACCGCGGGGCUGCCGCGGAGCGACGGGGCGAUGGGGCUGAAGCUGCCCUUCAGCCCGGGGGACGUGCUCCCGAUCCUGCCGCGGCAGGUGGCGUGGCCCGUGAUGAACACGCUCCACAGCGCCGUCGACCUGCUGCCCUCCUUCGUCGCCGCCGUCGCCCCGGGCGACCCCGCCCCCGCCGCCUGGAACGGCUCCUGCUUCGCCGUCAACGAGGCCGCCAUCCAGCUCACCCCGGGCGACCGCAACGGGACCCAGAUUGGCGGCGCCGUGCUCCGCCUCAAGACUGCUUCUGCUCAGAGCUGGACAUGCAUGGAUCUUUAUGUGUUUGCAACACCAUAUAGGAUAACAUGGGAUUACUACUUUGCGGCCCGCGACCACACUUUGGAGAUAACUUCAUGGGAAGAAGAAGCAGAACUGGAAUAUGUUAAGCAGCAUGGCAUCUCUGUUUUUCUCAUGCCAUCUGGGAUGCUUGGGACUUUGUUAUCUUUGAUUGAUGUCCUGCCUUUGUUUUCAAACACUGGCUGGGGGCAAAAUUCCAACUUGGCCUUUUUAGAGAAGCAUAUGGGAGCUACAUUUGAGAAACGCUCUCAACCUUGGGUUGCUAAUAUUAGAAAGGAAGAUAUUCAAUCCGGUGACUUUUUGGCUCUGUCAAAGAUUAGAGGACGAUGGGGUGGGUUUGAGACAUUAGAGAAAUGGGUAACUGGUGCAUUUGCUGGUCAUACUGCUGUCUGCCUGAAAGAUGAGAAGGGUGAACUUUGGGUUGCAGAAUCAGGCUUUGAGAAUGAAAAGGGAGAAGAAAUUAUUGCUAUAGUUCCUUGGGAUGAGUGGUGGGAAAUGGCACUCAAGGAUGGAUCAAAUCCUCAGAUAGCCCUUUUGCCAUUGCACCCUGAUAUACGUUCUAGAUUCAACGAAAGUGCUGCUUGGGAUUUUGCCCGGAGCAUGGCUGGAAAGCCCUAUGGCUAUCAUAACAUGAUAUUUAGCUGGAUUGAUACUAUAGGCGACAAUUAUCCACCUCCCCUUGAUGCUAAUCUGGUAAUGGCUGUUAUGUCGAUGUGGACUAGAUUACAACCACUUUAUGCUGCCAACAUGUGGAAUGAAGCUCUUAACAAACGACUUGGGACUGAGGGUUUGGACCUCAAGGGUAUCAUUGUUGAGACUGAAAGUCGUGGCAUGUCUUUUGAUCAACUGCUUACCAUCCCUGAGCAAGAUGAAUGGGUAUACAGUGAUGGUAAAUCAACCACUUGUGUUUCCUUCAUUCUUGCAGUGUACAAAGAGGCUGGAGUGUUUGCUCCUUUCACAGAGUCGAUUCAGGUCACCGAGUUUACUAUACGGGAUGCAUACAUGCUCAAGAUUUUCGAGGACAACCAUGUGAAUCUUCCGAGCUGGUGUCAUGGUGAGGCAGAUAAGCCUCCGUUCUGCCAGAUACUCGGGGAGUACAAGAUGGAGCUACCCGAGUACAACUCGAUAGAGCCGUAUGCGAAAAUGAACGAGAACUGCCCAUCAUUACCACCGACGUACAAGCGACCAUCACGCUGCUGACAUGAAACAACAUAUAGAAGCUGAUGCUGCUGUUCCGGAAGUAAAUUGUUGUCUAAGUUAUGUAAAUGAAGGACGCUGUAUAUAAUUGUUUGGUAAAUGGCUGUUUCCACGGGUAGCAGAGAGCAGCGCGCAAUUUCCUGCCAGUUAGUGAAGCAGUUCUUAACCCAUGCUUCCAAUGUGAACCUGGCUUCGAGGAUUUGCUGGCAUAGGUAGAACUUUGGAACAUAGCUAUGAAAACUUGAUGUUGAUGACUUAUCUUUGCUUCAUGAAUCAUGAAUUGUAUGUCCCUGAAAUAAAAUCCAUGUGUUCUUCAGA